AUGGAGGCAGGGCGGAAAGAAGAGAGGUCUCUGCUGGAUCGGACUUUAACCCAUUUGAAAAGGGUGGAGACCAAUGGAAGAGGUGAACGGCUAUGCCCGAGAGAUGCGAAUCCUUCGAAUUCAAUUCACUCCCAGGGUUUUGGAAUCCUUAUAAGAUCACCACAUAAAUGGCAGAGGGUAAGGGGGACAUUCAACCUUUUGUUCGUGACAAUGGAAUUGGAAUGGUCUAGGCUAGGUUUGCAGAAAUAUGCAUAUAUUCAGCAUGAGGCCCUGUCCAAGCGUGAACUCCGUGUUGCUCCAGAGGAACAUCCAAUUCUCCUCAAAGGAACCUCUCUACUCAAAGCAAACCGUGAGAAGAUGACUCGGAUUAUGUUUGAAACCUUCAACUCCACUGCCAUGUGUAGAUGGUGUUGGCCAUACUGUCCCCAUUUAUGA